CUAAUCCGAAAGUGAACAACUUCUCCAUACAAACGGCCUCAAAUGGCCUUGUCUUCCACCUUCAAACCUCUACACCCCCAAAGCCAACUUAACCCCUUCACACUCUGCAAGUACCCAUCUUCUCUUUCUUCCAAUUUCCCACAUGGGGUUUCCAUUUCCUCACCAAAGAUCCCACCUUUACUUCAAAUUCAAGCACACACCACCACUCACUCAGAACCAAAACCCUCAUCCCCAAAGCAAGAACACCCAAAACCCACAAUCAGUAGAAGAAUUCUUGACAAAAUACAACAAGGGUUUUCAUCUUUUGAGUCAAAAAAUCAAAAAUUUGACAACUUGGGUGCUAAAGUUAAAGAUUCAAGAAACAGGGUUGAUGGGUUGAAUGAAAAGAUUCAUAAAAAUGUGAACUUGAAUAAGAAAGAUGAGGGGGUUGGAAAGAGGGGUAAAAAGGGUAAAAAGGGUAAAUUUGAUUCACCUGUAGCUGUUGUCCGUGUUGCUUUAGAAAUUUGUUCGAAAUUAGGGGAUGUUAUGGGUGCAAUUAGGGUUUUCGAUUUAGCGAAAAGAGAAGGGAUAAACUUAGGGCAGUAUCAUUAUGCUGUGAUUUUGUAUCUUUGUUCUUCAGCUGCUGUAGGGGUUGUCCAGCCUGCUAAAAGCGGGCGAACCGGUCCGAACCCGAAUAGUGGAAAUCUUGAAGAACAGACUCAUAAGUUAGAUACAGUUUGUCAGACUUUAGACGGGUUAAUCCGGUUUAUAGACGAACAUGAGGAUUUAUCGGUUAGAACCGAGAUUAAAGUAGGUGAAGAUGUUAAAGAAUAUGCACUCAAAAGGGGUUUCGAAAUCUAUAACGAAAUGUUGUCGGAUAAAGUCCCAAUGAAUGAAGCGAUAUUGACGUCCUUAGCAAGAAUGGCGAUGUCUCGAAACGAUGGUGAUAUGGCGUUCGAGUUAGUGAAACAAAUGAAGGAUUUGGGGAUAAACCCUAGGUUACGAUCGUACGGUCCUGCGUUAUCGGUUUUUUGCAAAACCGGGAAUCUUGAAAAGGCGUUUGAAAUCGAAGAACACAUGCUGGCGCACGGUGUGUAUCCGGAAGAGCCUGAAUUGGAACUAUUGUUGAGUGUGAGUGUAGAAGCUAAUAGAAGUGAUAAAGUUUAUUACUUGUUGCAUAAGUUGAGAACUAGUGUAAGAAAAGUGUCACCGUCUACUGCGAGUUUGAUCAAAAAGUGGUUUAAAAGCAGAACCGCGUCGAGAAUCGGGAAAAGAAAAUGGGAUCAGGAGGUGAUUAAUCGAGCGGUUGAAAAUGGCGGUGGAGGGUGGCACGGGCAAGGGUGGUUGGGUAGCGGAAAGUGGACGGUUGUAAGAUCCGUUGUCGGAAAAGAUGGAUUGUGUCGAUGUUGUGGUGAAAAAUUGGCAACGAUUGAUCUUGAUCCGAUAGAGACCGAACUGUUUGCUGAAUCGGUUGCUAAAAUCGCUAGAGAAAGAGAGCGGAAUUCGAGUUUUGAGAAAUUUCAAAAAUGGCUUGAUUACUACGGACCGUUUGAAGCAGUUGUAGAUGGAGCAAAUGUUGGUCUUUUCAGCCAAAGAAGGUUUAAACCAUCCAAGGUCAAUACUAUUGCAAAUGGUAUUAGGCAGAUGCUUCCUUCUAAAAGAUGGCCAUUGGUUAUACUACACAAUAGACGUAUAACCGGUGAUAAAAUGGACGAAGGGAUAAAUAAAACACUAGUUGAAAAGUGGAAAAAUGCUGAUGCACUUUACGCAACACCUACCGGAUCAAACGAUGAUUGGUACUGGUUGUAUGCAGCUAUAAAAUUUAAGUGCUUACUUGUGACUAACGAUGAAAUGAGAGACCAUUUGUUUCAACUUUUGGGGAAUGAUUUUUUCCCUAAAUGGAAAGAAAGGCAUCAGGUUCGGUUCCAUUUUUCUGAAACGGGUCCUGUGUACCGCAUGCCGCCUCCAUGUUCUGUUGUGAUACAGGAAUCACGAAAAGGCCAUUGGCAUAUUCCUAUAGCUUCAGAAGAAGAUUCCGAAGAUGAUCGAGUGUGGAUAUGUGUUACGCGCGAUAAAUCAAGUAAAAAUAGCCAAGAACAUAUCGAAGUAACCGAAGAAUCGGGUCGAAAAAACGCUUCAAAGGGUUUGAUUCUGGAACAGAAAGCAGCCAUGGGAGCGACAAAAAGACGUCUCGAGAAAUCUGUGGAAGUUUAAAAGAAAUCAUGUUGUCAUCUUUUCAACUAAAUCAAGAUACAGUUUUGACUCAAAUAAUAGCAGCAGAGAAGGUUGGUGACUGUGUGAUAGAUUUCCAAAUAUGAUGAUGUGGUAUGGGUUUGACUCUGAAGACUUUGACUUUAGUUGACCAUCCAAUGGAGCUGACCCAAGAUUUUCCUGAAGAAAGCUACAAUUUCAUUUGUUGGGUACCAAUGAAUGAAUCAUCUUUCUUAAGGGCCAUUUAUGUAAAAGAACUUGUCUGGGUAAUUAUUAUAUUUUGGUUUUUUUUUUUUUUUUUUUUAUGUUGGUUACCAAUUAUUCAUCUUUAUGUCUAAUUGAAAAUGAAAAUUGGAAGAAAAAAAAAA